CAUAAAAAUCUGCAGCCAUGAAAGCUAUAAGUCAUUUCCUCCUCUAUCUUUUUUCUCUGGCUACACUUUUGGCUGUUGUCACUGGAACUGCAUCACAACAUGUGCAUCCAAGUCACUAUGCUGCUUCAUUCAACAGGACCCUUUUUCCUUCUGAUUUUCUCUUUGGAAUCGGUUCUUCUGCUUACCAGAUUUUUCAGAUAGAAGGAGCUUCAAAUAUAGAUGGUAGAGGACCAAGUAUAUGGGACACCUUCACUAAACAACAUCCAGAAAAGAUUGGGGACCAUAGCAGUGGUAAUAUUGGAGCUGAUUUUUAUCAUCGAUACAAGAGUGACAUAAAGAUUAUGAAAGAAAUUGGGUUGGACUCAUACAGAUUCUCCAUCUCAUGGUCAAGAAUAUUCCCAAAGGGCAAGGGAGCAGUCAAUCCUAUGGGAGUUAAAUUCUACAAUAAUGUCAUUAAUGAGGUCCUAGCAAAUGGCUUGAUACCCUUUGUAACAUUGUUUCAUUGGGAUCUUCCACAAAGUCUUGAAGAUGAAUACAAGGGAUUUCUAAGUCCUAAAAUAGUGAAGGAUUUUGAAGCCUAUGCUGAUUUUUGCUUCAAGACAUUUGGAGAUAGGGUUAAGCAUUGGGUGACACUUAAUGAGCCUGUUUCCUACACCAUUAAUGGAUACCAUGGAGGCACUUCUCCACCUGCAAGAUGCUCUAAAUAUGUUGGAAAUUGCUCUACUGGUGACUCAACUACAGAACCCUACAUUGUUGCUCAUCACUUUAUACUUUCUCAUGCUGCUGCAGCCAAAUUGUAUAAGGCCAAAUAUCAGGCUCAUCAAAAAGGAAAAAUUGGAAUUACCUUAAUUACUCACUACUAUGAACCAUAUUCCAAUAGUGUUGCCGAUCACAAAGCUGCAAGUAGAGCACUUGACUUUUUAUUUGGAUGGUUUGCUCAUCCAAUUACAUAUGGUCACUAUCCCCAAUCAAUGAUAUCAUCCUUAGGUAACAGACUCCCAAAAUUCACAAAAGAAGAAUAUAAAAUUAUCAAAGGUUCCUAUGAUUUUCUUGGUGUGAAUUAUUACACCACAUAUUAUGCACAAAGCAUUCCACCAACCUAUAUCAACAUGACCUACUUCACUGAUAUGCAAGCAAACCUCAUUCCAAUGAAGAAUGGAGUAACUAUUGGCUCCUCGACGGAUUUGAACUGGCUAUACGUCUAUCCGAAGGGAAUUCAUCAUCUUGUGACACACAUCAAAGAUACAUACAAGAAUCCACCAGUCUACAUUACUGAAAAUGGCAUUGGUCAAUCAAGGAAUGACUCAAUACCAGUCAACGUAGCCCGUAAAGAUGGUAUUAGGAUCAGAUACCAUGAUAGCCAUCUCAAGUUCCUCCUUCAAGCAAUAAAAGAUGGUGCAAAUGUGAAGGGGUACUAUGCAUGGUCAUUUUCCGACAGCUAUGAAUGGGAUGCAGGGUACACAGUACGAUUUGGAAUAAUUUAUGUCGAUUUCGUUAACAAUUUGAAGAGAUAUCCCAAGUACUCUGCUUUUUGGCUGCAAAAGUUCCUUCUCAAGGGAAAACACUAAAUUUGAUGUUCAUUUGGCAUGUCUAAGAUUUUCCAUUGUUGUUUGUCGAAUUUCCAAUGUCACCUUAGUAUAUUACUUGCUUUCAUAUGUAUUGAGAUAAUUGGUGAUACCAAUUAUGUAAUGCUGAAAUGAGUAAGUUAAUAUCAAUAAAUAAAUUGUUGGAACAACUCUCUUCCAUUCUCUA